AAAAGCCCUGUAUGGUCUGAAACAGGCACCGAGAGCUUGGUAUGAAGCAUUGUCAGAUUUUCUUGUUGAAUCAGGCUUCUCGAAGGGAAAGAUAGAUCUAACUCUCUUCAUCAAAAGGCACAAGGGUGACAUCAUGCUGAUACAAAUUUAUGUUGACGACAUCAUCUUUGCCUCGUCGAAUCCAAAUUUCUGUAAAAAGUUCAGCAACCUGAUGCACACCAAGUUCGAGAUGAGUAUGAUGGGAGAGUUGAACUUCUUUCUAGGGCUUCAGAUCAAGCAAAUUCCAGACAGAAUAUUCAUCAAUCA